GGAUCCGCCACCAUUCUCCCCGGUGACAAACCGGCGAUUCUUUACACAGGAAUUAACCCUAAAAACCAACAAGUUCAAAACUUGGCUGUCCCUAAGAAUCUCUCUGAUCCAUAUCUUAGAGAAUGGGUGAAAUCCCCAAAGAAUCCUCUCAUGGCUCCCACCCCACAAAACCAUAUCAACUCUAGCUCAUUCCGCGACCCCACCACUGCCUGGCUCGGUCACGAUGGCGAAUGGCGGGUCAUCAUCGGGAGCAAGAUUGACGCUCGUGGACUUGCCAUUAUGUUCCAAAGUAAAGAUUUUGUUAAGUGGGAUCAGGUUGAUCAUCCGCUUCAUUAUGCCGAUGGCACAGGAAUGUGGGAGUGUCCAGAUUUCUUCCCUGUUGCAAAAAAUGGCAAGGCGGGUGUUGACACAAGUGUGAGUGGAAAACAUGUAAAACACGUGCUGAAGGUGAGCUUGGAUGAUACUAAGCAUGAUCAUUACACGGUCGGAACAUAUGAUUUGAAGAAAGAUAUUUAUGUUCCGAAUAAAGGAUCAAUCGAAGGCUACACAGGAUUGAGAUAUGAUUAUGGAAAGUAUUACGCUUCAAAAACAUUUUUUGACAGCCAAAAGAAGAGGAGAGUUUUGUGGGGUUGGGUGAAUGAAUCCUCAAGCGUUGAUGAUGAUAUCAAGAAGGGAUGGUCCGGCGUCCAGGCAAUUCCAAGGGCCGUUUGGCUUGAUGCAUCUGGAAAGCAACUAAUUCAAUGGCCAAUUAUGGAAAUUCAAAAACUUCGAAAAGACAAAGUUAAAUUGGCCAACAAAGUAUUGAAGAAAGGAUCAAUAAUUGCAGUAAAAGGUGUAACAGCGGCACAGGCCGAUGUUGAUGUUUCAUUCAAAGUGAAAAGCUUCAACAAAGCUCAAAGGCUGAAGGCUGAAUGGAAAGACCCACAAUUGGUUUGUAGCCAAAUGGGAGCAGCUGCCAAGGGUGGAGUUGGUCCAUUUGGGCUUCUAGUUUUGGCUUCCAACAACUUAGAAGAGUACACUUCGGUGUUCUUUAGGAUAUUCAAAGGACAAGACAAGUAUGUCGUGCUUAUGUGUAGCGACCAAAGCAGGUCUUCGUUGAACGCUAAUAAUGACAAGACAACGUAUGGAGCAUUCUUGGAUGUAGACCCAGUUCGUGAAAACGUUUCGUUGAGAAGUCUGAUUGAUCACUCAAUUGUGGAAAGCUUUGGAUCGAAAGGGAAGGGUUGCAUCACAGCGAGAGUGUAUCCAAGGUUGGCGAUUGGAGACAAAGCUGGUCUCUAUGCUUUCAACAAUGGAACAGAGAGUGUAACCAUCACAAAACUGAGUGCUUGGAGCAUGAAGAAAGCUCAAAUAAGUUAACCUUUUUUUGGCAACUAAAUAAAUAUAUUCCUUUUACUUUGUUUAUUUUAAUCAAUUUUGUGUUGAAACUGUUUUGGAUUUGACACUAAUUCAUGUGUGAAGGUUGAGAAAUCCACGUGAUUAGUCUGCA